GAAAUUGAGGGUUGUAAAAAUAUUUAUAACUAACCCAUCUCCGCCGGAACAUGAGUUGGGACAUAGUUGACUGUGGGCUUUGGCGUGGCUUCUGAAACGCAUCAACAUGGCAGUGGGUUCGCCCUAGCUGCGCCGUUGACCCAAAGAUGUGUCUUCUCUUCCAUCUAACUUCACUCUCCACGUUUCUCUAUCAUCACCCCUCCGAAACGACGCCGUACCCACGAUGUUCCCCUUUCGAAAACUCCACGCUCAGUGCUCCUUCUUCCUUCUUAAACCCUGCCAAAACCCUAGACUUCAGAGCACGAAAUCCGCUACCAAAUUCGCCGGAAAAGCCACCCUAAAAGAAGCCCAAGCCGCAUUGCUCGAGUACCUCCACUCCACGCGCAGCCUUAACUUCUUAGACGCCGACAACAUGUGCAGAAACUCGCCCUCCUUCAUCCAGGAUCUCCUCGCCAAAACCCACUCGCACACGCCGCACGUGAAUACCAAGCGCUCCAUCUCACGCUACCUCCGCUACCACCCCAUCAACGAGUUCGAGCCCUUCUUCGAGAGUGCGGGUCUCUCCCCUUCCGAGUACGCGCCCCUUCUCCCGUCUCAUAUGAUUUACCUAAACGACGACGUUGUGCUCAUGGAGAAUCACAAGGCUCUCUGCAACUUCGGGGUACCCCGCACCAAGAUGGGGAGGGUUUUCAAACUCGCACCUCAGGUUUUUCGGUAUAAACCCGGGAUCUUGAUCUCGAAGCUUCAGGAAUACGAAAACCUCGGUGUUUCGCGGAAGACUUUGAUCAAUGUGGUUGCUUCCAACCCCUGUAUUUUGGUUGGGGGUGUUGAUUUUGAUUUUGUUAAGGUUUUCGAAAUGUUGAAGAGUGUUAUUGGAAAGGAUUGUGAUUGGAUUGGAGAACAUUUGUUGAUUAACAAGGGUUGUUGUAAUUGGAGGGUGAUGUUUCAUGUUUUGACUUUGCUUUCUAGGGUUUUCAACGAGAAACAAUUGGGUGAUUUAAUCACCAGUAGCCCUGGAUUGAUUUUUGAGGAAUCUGGAGGUUGUGCGUUAUCCUUGAUUGGCUUUUUGUUGAAAUUUGGAUUGUCUGUAAACCGGGUUUGUGUCAUGCUGCACGAGUUUCCGGAAAUUCGGAUUGUGAAAUUUUUGUCCAAUUUAAGAUUGUGUUUUCUGUUCUUGACAGAGAUUGAGAUGGAGGCUUCGGAGAUUGGGAGGAUUUUGCAGUCUCACUGCUUGGUGUUGGGUUCCUUCACUAUAAAGAGAACGAUUACUUUACUUACUAACUUGAAUGUUGGAAAGAAGCGACUAUGUAAAGUUGUGAAGGAUGAUCCUCUGGUAAUGAAGAGUUGGGCUUUGGGAAGGAGGAUUGAGCCUCUGGUUAACUCUUAUUUGGAGUGUGAAUCCAAGGCGCUGAAGAAGGAGUUCAUGCUGAGCUUGGGGUACGAAGAGAACUCCAAAGCAAUGAAUGAGUCGAUUAAGUUGUUCAGGGGUAGGGGAGCUGAGCUCCAGGAGAGACUUGACUUUAUUGUUAAUGCUGGGUUGGAUUAUGAGGUUGUCUGUAAGAUGAUUCGAGAGUCCCCGCGGAUUCUUAGUCAGACCACGGAUAGGAUCAACAUGAAAAUUGAGUCUCUUGUGAAUGAAGGAUAUGCAAUGUCGGAUUUGGCUAGUUUUCCUUCCUUCCUUUCGUAUUCGGCUCAAAGGGUUAAGCUGAGGUUUUCAAUGUAUAAUUGGCUAAAAAAGCAUGGAGCUGCAGAAGCAGGGCUUGCUUUGAGCACUAUAAUUGCAUGCUCUGAUAAAGCGUUUGAGAAGAUGUACGUAAAUCGCCAUCCCUCUGGCCUUCAAGUUUGGCGGGAUUUAAAGGCACAAAUUUCUUCUAUGGCUUAGUUGUUUGAAGAAAUCCUCCACUUCGAUUGUAUUAUUUGAUGAAAGCAAACAUGAGAUAAUAUAUCGAGUCUUUCGCAGAGACUAAUUGCUUCUGACGUGGAUAAUAAUGGACUAAUUUUUCAACCUGGUUGUGGUUCUGCGUCAGAUAAUUUCGCAUCCCCUGUUUUCACCAUAUUUUAAGGAUGAUUGAACUGCAAGUUUUAUUCUGGAAUAAGUCACUUAAAGUUGGUAGACAUGGUGUGCGCAUUGCAGAUAGCCAAUUGAAGAUCAGAUGUCACAGAACGACUAAUAUAUGCAGGUUUUCAUGAGCUAACAUCUAGAGGAUUGCUGAUUGCUGAUAUUUAUCACACUUCUUGUAGAUGGAAAGAACGUUGGCUAGAUAGAACAGACAUUGUCAAUAUCACCUUCUUACCCCAGUUACAUUGCAGAUCGCUAGGGUUUAAUUUAUAGUCUGACUACAUCUGUUCCUCAAGGAUGAACCACACCAGCAGUGGAGCUGUUGAGGAUGAGAAACUGUAUUUCACAAUUGAAAUUAGAUGAUCAGGUUUGCUGGGUUGAAUAAAUUUGUUGAUAUGAUUAUGUUUCCAGCCAAAUAAAUUGUGAAGAGGAACAUACAUGCUCACCGCAGCUUGGCAUUAUGUAACAGUAUGCUUCUGAAAUCAGACACUGCAAGUUUUGAUGUAAGUAGCAGAUGAUUAAAGCUUGGACUGAAGUUGGAACUCGUUAAAUGGCAUCAUUACAAAGGGACAAUAGCCCUAUGGCGGACCCAACUACCAUGUUCCAUUUAUCAUUUUGGAUUUGAUUUUGAGUGUGUGUUAAGUAGUAUUUAAUAUAUUUUAUUUUCUUUUA